CCCCCCCCCCCCGGGGGAGACUCCACCCCCCCACAGACAGACAGAGAGUAUACACCCCCAGAGUGUGUCCUCCGAGAGAGAGAGAGUUCACCUGCACACCGAGAAAGUCAUGAAUGGUCUGAUCCACUAAAUUACUGUUACACAUUGGCCCUAAAUUGAGAAUGCAGUGCCAGGCACACGGAGAAGAAGGAACAAAGGGACACAGCGUUGAUAAGCCACAGUGAAUGACUUAUUGUACAAGGCAGCUGUGAAGGAACUCCAACAGUAGGACAUAAACAAAUGCAGAUUGGCAAAACAUUCUUCAGUCCACAAAUCUGAAAUGGAGGCAGACGAACCAGUGGCCCUGCAGGAAUUAAAAGGCAGGAUUACAGUUUACACUAUUGCAGGGUGUCUUCAUUGUUUACGGGCCAAAGCUCGCUUGAAUAAUCUGGGUCUCCCGUUUUUUGAAGUCAAUUUAAAGGAUAGUCCUGAGAUACAUCAGCAGAUUAUCAAUCUCACUGGGUACCUUACUGUACCACAAAUCUUCUUUAACAACAUCCAUGUUGGUGGAAACAAUGAUUUCACAAAUUUGUCACCAGAUGAGCUGGACAAUCUGAUUGACAAUGUUAAGAAUAAUCCAGUACCUUCCGAUGCACCUCCAAUUCCUGAACCAGAAACAAUUGUAAAAAAAGCACCAGUUGAAGAAUUGAAAAGCAAAAGAGAUGAAUAUGCAGACCUGAUCUUGGAAUUCAAGGAAAGUGGUAUUAUUGGCAAUCACUGGUCUUGUCUGAAAAUGCAUCAAAAUACCUUCACUGGGAAGAAAUUAGUCAACUGGCUGAUGGAAGUCAAAAAUCUUGAAAAUGCUGCAGCAAUUGACAUAGCGAAAGAUUUGAUGGUCAAAAAGUUUUUAAGCCCUUUGACUGCAAAAGAAUUUGAAGACAGCGACACUCUAUACAGAUUAAUGGAGCACGAUUUUACUGCAUCACUAAACACUGGAGCUACAGCAGAGUAUGAUGCAGUUUCUGCUUCUAAACACUCUGAAGCUAUGAGAGACUUAACUCUGAAGCUAUUCUCAGAACACAUUACACCUGAUGGCAAGUUGGUAGAUUACAAAUCCAUGGUGAACAGUCCAGUUUUUGAUGAUUACUGUGAACUUGCAACACAGCUACAACGCAUGGAUGUUGAAAGUCUCACGAGAAAGGAGAAGCUAGCUUUCUUCAUCAACAUAUACAAUGCAUUAGUUAUUCAUGGAAAUAUUAAACAUGGAUCACCAAAAAACGUGUGGCAGAGAUAUAAAUUUUUCAAUUCUGUAAGUUACGUGAUUGGUGGAGAAGUCUAUACGUUGCAAGAUAUUGAAAAUGGGGUACUUCGUGGAAACCGUAAAGGCAUUGCUCAGAUCUCGAAACCAUUCUCAAAGGGCGAUCCACGUCUUAAGGUUGCUCUGGAAGAAGUUGAACCGCUGAUCCACUUUGCUUUAAACUGUGGAGUCUUAAGUUGCCCUCCAGUCAAGACCUAUUCCGCCAAGCAUAUUGACAAGCAGCUGAAGCUUUCAGCUGCGGCUUUUCUUGAUGGUCCUGAUGGCUGCCAGGUUGAUGUGUCCAAAAAGGAAGUUCGCUUCAGCCAGAUUUUCAAAUGGUACAAGAUUGACUUUGGCGGAACCGAUGAAAAGCUAUUGAGUUGGGUAUUGGAGCAUCUAGGGGAGUCACCAAAGAAGAAAGUACUAAAAGAACUCCAGGCUCAAGGGGACAUCAAAGUUACAUAUCUUCCAUAUGACUGGUCUUCAAAUGCUAAAGACUGAUGACAGGUAGAAGUGGAAGUUACUGACUGCCUGCAAUGCACAUUCCAAGCAACCCAUUGCAUAUGCUCUGUAUGUCUUCCGAAAUAGUAACCAAAGCUCUUUUGAAUAGAAAUUUUAAUAUAAAUUUCUAUGAAUAAACGUGGAAUUGAUUGCGUGACAACUUUGCGCCCAAAUUCAAGCAUUGCCACUAACAAUUCUAUGAUUUUUUGCAAGGUUUGUACUUUCUUUUCUGCAAGGGAAUCUUUUCACUUUAUUUUCUCCUAGUGGGGUCUGAUCUGAAAUUGCAUCUUUUAUUCAAAAGGAUAGUCUGUUCCAUUUGCAUUAUUACCAUUCUCUCCAAAGAAAGUGAAUGGGAACAUAGACACUGUUAAUUGCCCUUUAAUAAUUGUCUUUCAACUAUCAAAGGUUGUAAGGGAUGAAUUAUAAUUUCUAAAUUUUGUUUUUCUACAAGCUUGUUUUCUGAAUCAAAAUAAAGUCGGUGCAAAGCAA